AUGGCGAAGCUCAAGCGUAUCUCGAGAGCGUGCGCCUAUACCUUCGAGCCUGCUGACAAGAACCGCCCCGCCGGCACAGCCGACUUCGCCAAACCCACCGAUACCGCCACCAACAAGAACAAAGACCGACUCUCUGCGCUUCCCAAAGAGCUUCGUCUAGAUGUUUACGAACUCCUCCCACUCCCAUCAUCCACGUACGUGGUAUCGUACCCUCCCGUCACAGGAACUGGUCCGCACUCUCAGCCCAUCCUGCAAGUCAGCAGCAUGAUCCGCAAGGAAGCGAUGCCAAUACUGUAUCAAGACACUCAGCUGAUCAUCAAACCACGCCUCGACUACUGUCUUCCAACGAUCCCUCGCGCCAUCACACGCUCCAUUCCGGCAUUCGCAAACCAUGUUGCUUUCAUGCAAGUCGUCGCCAUCGUCAGAACGCCGCUCAUCGUCAAAUUGCCGCCGGGAACACAGAUGUGGAAGACUCGCUUCUUCUUUGAGAGGAGUGGAAACCGCGCAACCGUCAAGUGUGUCCUCAUCGACCCAGAGUGCUGGUGGGGAAGAGACACAUUGAUGGACUGGAUGAAGGCUAGGGCGAUGGAGAUGAAGGCUGUGAUGGUGGAUCAUUUGCGGAAUGAUGAGGCGGGCAAGGGCAAGAUGUUGGUUGAGGAGGCGCUCAGCUUCGGGACAGCGGAGGAGUGGCACGAUUUCAAUUGCGCCGAGGUCGAGUUUGCUUGUCAUACUUGUGGUGUCUCUAGGCAUGCUUGCAGAGGCCGUCAGGCGGUCACGUUUAGCCAGCCGUCAAGGGUAGCAUUGUCCAAGAUGUCCGAGCUAUGA